GUGAGGUUCGAAAACUUAAAGGGUACAAUUGCAAAGUCGUUUAAUUUCGAAGCUUAAUAAACCAGAAACGCAAAGUCCUAAUCGGGAGAGGAGCAAUUGUCUCUGAGGUCAAACUCUUCAAAACGGAAAUGAGAUCCCCAAGAACCUUGGAGGUUUGGAAGUUAGGCACUGUCAACUAUUUGAAAUCCCUUAAACUUCAAGACAGGUUAGUUUCCGAGAGAAAAGCUAAUCUAAUCCCGGAUACCGUCCUCUCGCUUCAGCAUCCACCAACUUACACGCUAGGAAAACGUAGAACCGAUCACAAUCUACUGAUCCCUGAAGCUGAACUCACAAGAAUCGGAGCUGAGCUUCAUUAUACGCAAAGAGGAGGAGAUAUCACUUUCCAUGGCCCUCACCAAGCUAUCUUAUAUCCCAUCAUUUCCUUACGCAGCAUCGGUAUUGGUGCUAGGAACUAUGUAGAGACAUUGGAGCGGUCAAUGAUCGAGUUUGCUUCAAUUUAUGGCGUGAAAGCUCGUGCAGGACACAAAGGUGAGACUGGGGUUUGGGUCGGGGAUAGAAAGAUCGGAGCUAUUGGGGUUCGGAUAUCUUCUGGAAUCACUUGUCAUGGUUUGGCCUUAAACAUAGAUCCUGAUCUGAAGUACUUUGAGCACAUUGUGCCUUGUGGAAUCGCUGAUAAAGAAGUUACAUCUUUGAGGAAAGAGACAGAUACGGUGCUUCCUUCAGAAGAAGUGAUUCAUGAGCAGUUGGUUUCUUGUUUGGCCAAAGCGUUUUCUUAUGAUGAUGUUGUGUGGAAGGAAGAUCCUUUAGUCAUUUUGGACACCCAGGAGCACAAUAAAUAAUCCGGUCUUGAUUAUCUUCGUGUCUACCAAAAAUAUAGGCACUCGAAAGUCUUAAAGUGUUUUUUAAUUUUUUUUGUUGGUAACAGCUCAAAUAUAAUAUUUCAUCAAUAAAACUAGUAGGAGAGAAAAAAAAGUGUGAAAGGAAAGAACAUA